AUGAGUGAGCAAAAAGCCAAGUCUACUGCUUCAAGUAGAAAAGCACCAUCGGGUGCUAUGCCAUCAAGACAUUGUAUGACUCAGAACUAUCUGGUCAUUUGGGUCGAUGGUAACAUCGAUGAAAACGCAGAAGACUGCUGGAAUACGCUGGCACAAUUGCGCGUAGUGGUAAGUGAAGUGAAUGUAUGCAGAACACCCGAAGAAUGUAUCGAGUUCCUCAAUGAAAUGAACGAUGGAAAAGCUUUCGUCAUUUCAUCUGGGGCUUUAGGACAAAGCCUCGUAAAUGACAUUCAUGAUAUGCCAAGCGUGGAUGCUAUUUAUAUUUUUUGUGGCAACAAGGCGCGCCAUGAAGCAUGGGCAAAAUGA